AUGGAACCCGUCCUACGCUGCCUUGGGAUCCCAUCAAGGGUCGUCUCCAACUUCAACUCAGCCCACGAUAACAACGGCAACCUCAGGACUGAGCUCGUCUUCAAGAUGGAUGACACACCUGACCGAGAACGGACCGUCGAAUCCAUCUGGAACUUUCACGUCUGGAAUGAGGUCUUUAUAAAGCGCUCUGACCUCCCGCCAAAGUACUCUGGAUGGCAGGUGGUGGACGCCACGCCCCAGGAGACCAGCGAUGGUUACUACCGCUGCGGUCCGGCCCCUGUCAUCGCCAUCCGGGAUGGGGAGCUGUGUUUCCCGUUUGACUUGGGCUUCGUCUUUGCUGAGGUUAACAGUGACGUCCAUUUUAUGAGAAGUGAUCGCUACGGCAACCUGACUCCAUACAAGGUGGACACAGAAUACGUUGGAAAGGUCCUGUUAACUAAAGCUGUGGGCAUGAUGGCAUCCGAGGACAUCACAAGAACCUACAAGCACCCAGAAGGAAGUGCAGCGGAUGAGCAAACGAUGUCCAGAGCCGAGGAGUACGGAUGUUCACGAGAUUAUGCUGAUGUCCCUGCUUCCAAGAUAGACAUCAAGAUCUCAGCUAAGGCCGGUUCGGUGGGUGAUCCUGUGAAGGUUGCAGUAACUAUCCUCAAUCAAGGUGACCAGAGGAAAUCUGUGAUGGUGACUCUGGACAUCAGCACGGUCUACUACACUGGAGUUCCCUCCUCUGAUCCCAUCAGAGUUGGGAGCUUCGAUCUUGACGUGGAAGGCUUGCAGCAGGAAACUCGCACAUUUGAGAUUCCAGCUAAGGAUUACAUUCCUCAGCUGAAACCCAACAGCGGCCUGGAGAUCACUGCGACAGGACGAACCGAUGAUGAAACGGUGACGGAGGUCCAGAAGCUCGCCCUGAAGCCUCCUCCGAUGAACGUAAAGGUGAUCUAG